GGCGGGCGGGCUGGUCCUGGGCUGGGGGCGGCUCGGGCGGGCUCUUGACGCGCGGCCAGCCCCGUUCAGGCCUCGGGAAAGCGUGCGUCCCGCCCUGACCCGCCGGCCUCUCCCACUCCAGCAGUGACGCGCCGCCUCGGAGUCGGAGCCCGCGCAGCGCCCCGCAGGGCGAUGGACGGCCGAGCCCAGCGCGCGCAGGACGUCCCGGCGGCUCUCCCGCCGGCUACCCCCGCAGGGAGAAAACCAAAAGCCAAGGCACCGCUUCCUCCAGCGGUGGAGGAGACCAAAUACCUUGAUGCCUCUUCAGUUGAUGAUUCUGUAGAAUCUUCUGCUUUUAUCAUGGAACAGAAAGAAAACACGAUAGAUAAAGAUAUUGAACUCUUGGUGGUUCUACCUGGGGAUAUUAUCAAAUCUACUACUGUUCAUGGCAGUAAACCUAUGAUGGACUUGUUGAUAUUCCUCUGUGCACAGUAUCACUUAAAUCCAUCAAGUCACACAAUUGACCUGCUGUCAGCUGAAAAGAACCCCAUUAAAUUUAAGCCAAACACACCAAUAGGAAUGUUGGAGGUUGAAAAAGUAAUUUUAAAGCCAAAAAUUUUGGAUAAGAAAAAACCUACACCUAUAAUACCAGAGAAAACUGUGAGAGUAGUGAUCAAUUUUAAGAAAACACAGAAGACGAUAGUGAGAGUUAGCCCACAUGCACCACUUGAAGAACUUGCCCCUGUUAUAUGCAGCAAAUGUGAGUUUGAUCCAUUACAUACACUAUUAUUGAAGGACUAUCAGUCUCAGGAGCCGCUCGACUUGACAAAAUCUCUUAAUGAGCUGGGACUAAGAGAAUUAUAUGCCAUGGAUGUCAGCAGAGCCACUUCUGUUACUGCCUUCAAUAAGUCAUCUUUGCAAGAAUCCUGCCAAAUAUCACAAAACCUAGACCUUAUGAAGGAUAAAGAAAAUAAAGGGUUUUUCAGCCUUUUUCAACGCAGUAAGAAAAAGCGGGAGCAAACCGCCAGUGCCCCUGCAACUCCUCUAGUAAGUAAGCAUCGUCCAGCUUUUACGAGGAGCAAUACCAUUACCAAACAGUAUAUUUCAAACACCCUGCCAUCGGAUGCACCCAAGAAGAGGCGUGCUCCACUGCCUCCAAUGCCAGGGUCUCAGAGAGCCCCCCAGGACCUUGCUCACAUCCAGGAGAGGCCAGCUUCUUGUGUGGUGAAAUCCACAAGUCUGGAUGAAACAGAGGAGAGUUCCUGUGGAGCGGGCAGAGUGAGGACGGGCUCUCUGCAGCUCGGUAGCACAUCCGGUGGGAAUUCAUCUUUGAAAAGGACAAAGCGAAAAGCACCUUCCCCACCCUCCAAAACAGCCCUGCAACAAAGUGAUGAACAUAGUCACGUGACUGCCCUGCAGUCGGUACCUGCAAUUCCUACAGCCAGUGUUUUAGAAGCAAACUCUUCUGAGGGCCUGUCCAGCCCAGAAUCCUCCCUUGGCCCUGGGGUCCCCGGUCAUGAACAGUGCGCUGUGCCCCAGCUGCCGGCCGAAGCCCCUCUCUCGGAGUGCCCUGGAACGCCCGAGGUAGCUGCCGCAUCUCUGCCAUCUGGAAUAAGCUCUGAUUACAGCCUUGAAGAGAUAGAUGAAAAGGAAGAACUGAGUGAAGUGCCUAAAGAUGAGGCUGAAAAUACUUCUCUGAAGUCGCAAGACAUUCCUACUGUAUCUACUGAUAUAACAAAUACACUGAAAAAUGAUCCUGACUCAGCCCUUGGCAGUGAUACUGGAGAGUCCUCACAAAACUCCAAAGAAGAAAAACAAGAAACUAGAAACACAGAUGGACAAGGACCACACAUUAUGGUAUGUAAUUCAAGCAACAAAGCGAGGGUAGUUGACAGUGUAAGAAACCUGAGGUCACCGGGCCCAAACCAGGAGAAUGUAGAUCAAAAUGAAAUAAUUGUCAUUCCAACAAACACAGAAGACAGUAUGAAAAAUGGAAUGAGGAGGACAGAAAUCAAUGUAGCAGGUGUUGCCAAAAGUAACAAUGUGGACGUGGAAGUUGACAGACUAUCAAACUAUCAGGCAUAUAAAACUGAUACUGCUAGAAGUUACAAGGAAAAUAAUCAUGCUGCAUCAUCAGCACCAGAUCAAAAACUGAUUCAACCUAGUGCAGAAAAGACAAAAAUGCAAGAUGCAGCAAUUCAGACAAUCCCUUCCUGUGACAGAUUUGAUGGGAAUCACCAAGAUCAUAAUUUGUCUGAUGUCAAAGUUGAUGAAAGUGUGCAAACUUCAAGUAACAACAAAUCAACUCCACACUCAUCUUUAAGCCCACAAGAUUCUUUAGAUACCUCAAGUGACUUUGGGAGUCACUUAUAUACAGAAGAGCAACUCACCGUAAAAGAUCCAAUUUGUGCACAUGGUAAUGAUGAUCUUUUGCCUUCUGUAGAUGGAACUGAUAAAAAUUCAACAGCUUCUUAUAUAAAGAAUUAUCCAUUUUACAGACAAGACUAUAAUCCCAAGCCAAAACCUUCAAAUGAAAUUACAAGAGAGUACAUACCCAAAAUUGGGAUGACUACUUACAAAAUAGUGCCUCCCAGAUCCCUAGAAAUAUUGAAAGAUUGGGAAUCGGAAACCAUAGGGUAUAAAAAUGAUCAGGAGAUAAAUACUUUAGGAGAAAAGGACACUCAUGAGAAUGUGAAAGUAACUGCAAUCCAAACAGAAGAUCCUGUUAUUUCUGAAAGCCCAAAGGAGCCAGAAGCAGACCUGAAACCAAAGCCUACCCUGAGAACAGAGCAUCAGGUGCAAAGUGAGGAGAGCUUUACCCACAGCACAAUGUCGAAUCCUCUGAAACCUACUCCCGAAAUGACGAGAGACACUGGCACAGCUCCUUUUGUGCCAAAUUUGGAAGAUAUAAACAGUAUUUUGGAGUCAAAACUUAAAUCUCGGGUUUCAAAUCCCCACUCCAAACCAAGUUCUUUUUUCUUGCAGAUGCAAAAAAGAGUUUCAGGUCAUUAUGUGACAUCUGCAGCUGCCAAGAGUGUUCAAGCUGCCCCUAAUCCUACUCCAAAGGCACUAAUAAAGAAAGAGGUGGAAAGGGAUACAAUACCUCCUCCAGAGCCAGCUCUUUCUCCCUUAAGUAAAACAACUCACUCUCCUCCACAGCCACACAUUCAAAACACUGAUGAUGACAGCAAUCAGAAGCCCACUGAAACCCCUCCCGCUCCUGCAACCUCUCCCCCUCCCACUCCUGCAGCCUCUCCCCCUCCCACAGCCCCCAAACCUGUUCCUCUUCCCAAGAGUCAGUUAGCAACACUUAACCUGAAGACUCUGAAAACUUUUGGUGCCCCUCGACCAUACUCCAGCUCUGCUCCUUCACCGUUUGCCCUCGCUGUGGUGAAACGGUCACAGUCUUUCAGCAAAGGUCGUACAGGGUCAUGCAGUGAGGAGGUCGGAGGUGCAUCCGCCCGAGCUCCAGCUGACACAGAGGGAGGGAAGAUUCCUUCCGUAAAUACGUUUGUGGACAUCCCACAACCAGGUGUGAAAGAUAAGGAAAAUAACUCUGCACAUAAUGAACAGAAUCCCCAAACGCCAUCUCUGACUGACGGCCCAUCAUUCACCCUUAAGAGACAAAGUUCUUCAACAUUCCAAAGCUCUGACCCAGAACAGAUCCGACAGAGUCUGCUGACUGCAAUUCGUUCUGGAGAGGCUGCUGCCAAGUUGAAAAGGGUUACAGUUCCAUCAAAUACAGUAUCUGUGAAUGGAAGGUCAAGAUUCAGCCACUCCAUGUCCCUUGAUGCCCAGGAUGGCCAUUAAAUGUUGCCCUGCCAUGCCACACUUCAUCAGCGCUGUUGCACAGAACGACUUCAUACUGAUGGAGAAUGUUAGCAAAAUGUAUGUUCAGAUGUACACUAAUAUAUUAUCUAUUAAGGCAUAAGAACUUGUGCUGUGGCUUUUAAUGCCAAAAGAAGAAUUACCAGAAUUUAUAAUUUAUAAUAAUAUCUUUGGUCUUUUUUGCCUUAAGAACUGAAUAUGCUGCUUUAGAACUUUAAGACAAGGUGUUAAUGACUUUCAUUUUUCUCAAAUGAGAAACAGUCACCUUUUGUUGAUUUCACUUAUUGACACAUUCUCUACAAUCAUGACUUAGACAAAGGGAUAAAUUAAGAUUCUUAGACAUAUUUGUAUGACACAUAAACAACUAGGCCGACAUAGAUCUGACAUUUGCUGCCUCAAUGUUACAGUUUAAUUGGAAAUGUUUAUGUUAUAUUAAAGCCCAUAAUAAAUAUUCCAUUGAUGGAUAUAACAUGUUAUGGGGUGGGUACCCCAUAAACAUUAAGGUUUCAGAAAUCCUGGUUUUAAUUAAAGUGAUAGUCAUUACGUAGUUCAGAUGCUAAUAUUCUGAAUAGUAAUAUAUAUUUACAUUAAAGCUAAAGUUGUUAAGCAAAACAAUGCCUAAUUUGUUGGCUUGUAACUGUUCUGGGGUCUAGAGCUUGUUGAUGUUCAAUUCCUACUUUAAAAAUUUAACUGCUCACUUAUUCUAAAAGCCUUGUCAAACAAACUGAUGUUAUGUUGGUUUUUACUAAAGCUACUGGGAUAUCUGCCUCUUUGGAAAAUGUGUUGCUUUUUCCCCUGUUUAAUAAAAGCAAGUUAUAUAUUUGGGAUGCUUUUUAAAAUGCAGUUUGUGUCAAUCAGCAUAUUUGUGCACUUCACCUGAUGAACACAUCUCCAUCAACCAGUAAACAAAUAAGUAAUAUAGUAAGACCGACAAUUUAUCAGGGCUCCCUGGUGUGUAUGAGCCCAUGUAUUCUAACUCCAAAAUGCAUAACAUGCUUAGCAGAGUUCCUGACACAUGGCGAGUACACAGUAUGUUAAAUAUCGCUGCUAUUUCCUUGAAUCAGACUUGAAGAGACCCUCAUGUAUGGAAACCUAAGUUAUGUCAUUAUAAACCAAUAGGGAAAGGAGUGACUUUUUGAAAAACUGUGUUUGAUUAUCCACUCGGAACA